GUUUCACAAGGGUCAUAACGAUGGAUCCCAUGAACACAACUGAUGCGUAUGAAGACAAUGUGAGCCACAUCGUGCUGUGUUUGGGAUGCGCACACGAUAAUUUACAUGGAUGAAGCCUCUUCGGCCAACACAAAGAAUACCAUGCGAUCGGCCGUGUUGGGCUUCGCUGCCCAAGAGUGCAACGAAGCCCUUUGAGUGUUGGAUGGUACUUUGACCAUCACCUUGUACAGCAACCUCAAGCGAUGGCGUUUGCAAUUGGAUGGCACGUGGUGGCUCUCUGGUGCCUCGCCGCUGCAGAGCCGGCCCUCCGGUCCUUUUGGCCCCACCAAUGCUGCACCACCUGCCUAACUCGCUUUUGUUCGCCCAGAAGCGGAAAUUGCUACGACCAGAAGCGCAAGGACUACUAUUUGGAGUGCAAGAUCGAUUGCUGCAACUCCUGCGCUGGCUUGCCCUUCUGUUCGCCUGUCAGCGGCAACUGCUAUGACCAGAAACGCAAGAACUACUAUUUGGAGUGUACCAUGCCGCAAGGAACCAUGCCGCAACCUACCAUGCCGCAAGGUACCAUGCCACAAGAUACCAUGCCGCAAGGAACCAUGCCGCAACCAACCAUGCCGCAGCCUACCAUGCCACAAGGUGCCAUGCCGCAACCUACCAUGCCGCAAGGUACUAUGCCGCAACCUACCAUGCCGCAAGGUACCAUGCCGCAAGGUACCAUGCCGCAAGGUACCGUGCCGCAACCGCAACCCCCGACCUUCCCAAUGUACUACUAUGCAGGGGAAGGUCGAUGUGAUCCUGCGACGCCCACCAAAAUGGCUUCUUUCAGCACUGCAACGGCUGCUGAGUGUCGUGGGAGUUGCCAGAACACGCCCGGCUGCAAAGUGUUUGACUUUUUGAACCCCAGCAGUGCUUGCGGUGGGACUGGUUUGUGCCAAUUGCACUACGCCUAUUGCUCCAUGGUGACGGAUCCCUGCUGGGAGCAGUACCGCCUGGACUGAUGUGACAUCUUGGCACUCUUGGCCUGAACAGCCGACUUUUGGGCCAUUUGCACAGUUCGCACAGUUUGCACAGUUUGCACAGUGUGCAAGGUUUUCAAGGAUUGGAAAGCUUGAUGCUGACUUGCAAGCGGAGCAAGCAAAGAAAAGGCGAU